UCAAAAAAUUUAACCUUAUUUAAAUCAUCCUUAACAUUACAAAAGAACGGAUUAAAAAUUGUUAUCUUAUCAACUUGUUUUUAUAUUACUUGACCACUUUAUCAAUACAUUGUAGCUGAUUAACUCCUCACCACACCACAAAAAUUCAAAACCAUGAUUAAGGGCGCAGUUAGUUUAGUAACUGGUGGAGCCUCUGGCUUAGGCAGGGCCACAGUAGAAAGGUUAGUCAAACAAGGCUCUCGAGUAGUUUUGUGUGAUCUAAAAACUUCCAAAGGUGCCGAAGUGGCUAAGGAAAUAGGCGAGGACAAAGUAAUAUUUGCCCCCGUAAACGUUACAUCUGAAACCGACAUUCAAGACGCCUUAGAAAUAACAAAACAAAAGUUCGGACAACUAAAUAAUGUUGUUAACUGUGCAGGAAUUGGGGUAGCAUUUAAAACGUAUAAUUUUAAAAAAGACUUACCACAUAAACUUGAAGACUUCACAAAAGUUUUGAAUGUAAACACAAUAGGAACAUUUAACGUUAUUAGAUUAGCAGUAGGUGUGAUAGGAAAAAAUGAGCCAGAUGAUAAUGGCUGUAGGGGAGUUAUAGUGAAUACAGCCAGUGUGGCUGCAUUUGAUGGUCAAAUGGGACAGGCAGCCUAUUCAGCCAGUAAAGGAGCUAUUGUAGGAAUGACAUUGCCAUUAGCCAGAGAUUUAGCUAGUCAAGGAAUAAGGGUCAUCACAAUAGCACCAGGUUUAUUUAGGACACCUUUAUUCUCUGCUUUGCCAGAAAAGGUAGUAAACUUCUUGGAGAAGUCAGUACCAUUCCCAUCAAGGCUUGGACACCCCGAUGAGUUUGCCCAGAUGGUACAGAGUGCCAUAGAAAAUCCCAUGCUUAAUGGGGAAACAAUCCGUCUUGACGGUGCCCUUAGAAUGCAGCCAUAAGUUUGUAAAUCUAAUAAAAUAUAAUAAAUUUUUUAUAUUUCAA